AUGGAGCUUGUUGCCGAGCUGCCGGGCCGCCUCUUGACGGGACUGGCGUUGGACCCACACGACGACGUGUUUGCCAUAUGCUGCUGCAGCGGGGAGCUGCUGCGCCUCAACAAGGCGGACGACACAAUGAUUCCCCUCAUGGCGACAGAGACCUCCUCGCACGCGCUUGCCAUCGACGCCCGCACUGGCGACGUAUACUUCACCGACCGCGCCGAGAAUGCCAUCCUUAGGCUGGAGGCGGUGGCCAACCCCGCUGCUCGUGCGGGGACUAACGAGGGGGCCGAUGAUGACGGCCGCGGAGAGGCGAAUUACACCAUUGCGCGCUGCCUGGACGGAUUUGAAAAUAAACCGUUUAUUGGGCCGACGGCGCUCGCCUUUGCACCGGACGGGGAGUUGUUUUUCACCGAUGCCGGCGCGGAGGGUGACUCGUCGUUUGCCGACCCGGUGGGCGCCGUCUACCGCACGCUGCAGGGACGCAGCCAAGUCGUUCCGCUCUGCUCUCACGGUCUUGUGCGUCCCUCGGGAGUCGUCGUGGCGCCUGACAAGAGCGUGUAUGUCUGCGAGCAGGGCGCCAAUCGUGUGCUGCGGUUUGUGCUGCGUGGGACUUACUACGUCGGGAGCGUCUUUGCGCAGCUGCAGGGAGGAAUGGGCCCCAGCGCCAUCGCCGUGAGGCCGAGUGACGGCUCCAUCUUUGUGGCGCAGUACGACGUGAGGGCCGCGGCGUCGUCGCCGUCGCCCAACGAGGGCGGUGAGGGCGCCGGUGGCCUCAUCACGGUGCUUGGCAGGGAUGGCGAGGUGAGCGGCGUUGUGCGCACCCCGGGCCCAUCGCUCCGCGCCCUCGCGUUGGACGCAAAAGGUGAGACGCUCUACGCGGUGGAGGCGGAUGAGGCGUCGGGGUGCUCACGGCUGUACCGUUUUCAAGUCCCCUCCGCGGCGCAGCAGGCGCAGCCGUGA